AUGGCAGAGACGACGCAGGCACGCCUGUCCGAGGAAGAGACGGACGAGGUCAGGAAAGCGAGUUCGAGUUCCUCACCUUCUCGACACUUUAGCUCGCUUCCUGGCCCAAGCUCGCGUCCGGGCUCGCGCCGAUCCAGCAAGAUGUUCGGUUUCAGCCUGGGCCACGGCUCGCAUCACGAUUCGUGCGAAGAAGACGAUCGACCGGUGUUGAUCAACGGUAUCGAGUCGAGCGCGAGCAGCCGACACGUUUCACCGUGGACGUCCGGGGCUGUCUCGCCGUCGUCCUCACCGGGCACGUCGGUUGCCCAUUGCGACUAUGGGUUUCCGCAAGUGGGUCACGGCGCAGACAAGAAGCGCAUCUCGUGGCUGACCUCGCUGCCCGCCUCGCACUGGACUUCGCAUCGCGCUUCGACCCACGGCGACGCCUCUUCCCCGCCAGCAGUCAGCCCUCGAGGUGGCAAGAAGCUCCAUCUGCGCUCCUCGUCGUCGUCCAGCAACGUCGUGCGUCCUAACUUUGGUCCUCGUGCAGCCCCAGCCGAGGAGGCGAAGGCGAAGACGGCAUCUACGUCGCUCGUCCCCAACGCGCAUUUCUUGGGCUUCAUGCUCCUCAUGAUCCUGCUCAUCUCGUCACCACUCAUCAAGAUCCUCUCGGUUGUGCUGUUUGUUGCCGUUCUCGUGGUGAAUCCGGAUUGA